GGGAGAGAUUUGUUCCAGUACUUGGCAUCAAAUACGACUCCAACAUGGAGAGGAUUACUGGCAAAAGGUUCGUGUGAAGGAACUUCUCCCUCCUACGAGGUGACGGAGGCGUCUUGAUUUCAGAGCCUUCCGUGUUCUGGAUGGUUUGCUUGGAUCAGUCGCGGGCCAUCUGGGUUUGGGGCUUUGCUGGUCUAUGCAGAUUGUCGUGGCAUCUUUCCAGAGCCACGCUUGUUGUUCUUGCUUAGCCCUGAUGUGUGGGAUUGGAUUUAAUCUCUCCAGUUCCUUAUCUCUUUGCAUCACAGUCAGUAAUUCGGGGAGGAGGCAACAUGUAAUUGCCUAAAUUCCACGCUUGGGCCUCGUAUGUAAUGUUGUUAGUUUCUUGGCUGAAGCUUUGCAUUGCUUUCUGUUAGAGCGCACAAACUAGUGAUUUUUGAUAGAAUUAAUCUGGGUGCAGAAGUUUGCAGUUCUUGCUUACGUGCGUAUUGCCUACCUAUAGCCCCCCAAAUUACAGAUUACCGUGAAGUCCCCUGGAGUUAGGGGUUCUGAUUUACAUCUCCGUACAUCCUCCCAUCCCCUCUCCAUACGUCCUCUCGCUUCGAGCAUCUCGUUACUCCAAGACCUAUGGCUGGGUCAGGUCCCAGGGAGUCUUACCUGAUGUAAACCCAAAAGUUCAAAUAGAAUGAAAAAACAAUUGCAGAAACAACGCGUUCAGUUCAGGAAGCUCAGUGACCGCAGGAUGCUCUGCUUAAAUAAUCAGGCUCCUUAUGCCAUCAGUACGUCUGAUGGGACAGGCUAACCACUUAAGCUACGAUAAUCUUAAAACUGUCAAAGUUAGAUGCUUGUCUGACCCUGCAAGAACUUAAAGACCGGAUAAGCAGGCAGCGUAGAAACAACCCUGUUCUCUCUGCCCUGAGAGAAGAGCUCCAUGAUUUCGUCUGACGCAGUAAGAAAUCAGGUGGCGGCGAUGAGCUACCUGGAUGAAGUACCCUUCCGGACAGCCAGGAGCCUCGACGGGGACUCAGGAGGAGAAAACACUUUAAUCACCGCCCCGGCCAUCGACCUCCCCGACUGCACCGACAUCCUCAUGAGCACCAUGCAUGACUUCUCACUGGAAAGAAAAGUGCUUUACUGGGUCGAGGUGGCCUCUCAGCAGCAAACCUCCUGGCAUCGGGUCACCUCCGAAGUCGUCCCCACGGCUCCGCCGUGCUGGCUCCUGCUGGUGGACCCUGCCGACAGCUACGGGGGCAGAGCGCGGGACGGGGCGGUGCGGCGCUGCGUCAGCCUGAGCGCUGCUGAUGGCAGAGGUGCCUUGUCCGACACCGAGAGCGAGACCUGGCACUCGGAGGAGGAUGAGUACUCGGAGGAUGACGAGUACUCCUCAACCUCCUGGGAAGAGAACGACAAGGAUGAAAAGGUUUCCAGGAGGAGAAACGCUGGGAGAAGUGCGGCCCCGCGUGCCGACUUUUACCAGAUCCGACCAAAGACGUCGCCCGGCUUGCUGGAGCCCUCACCGGAGAAUGGUGACAACCCAGCCAGCCCGGACCCGAGCAAGCAGAGAAGAUCCAUGGUGAUCUUUAACAACAUGAAGAACGAGCUGGAAGCGGCCAGGAGGAAGCUCGCUGCUUUGGUGCAUCCUUUGAACAGAGCCACCACGGAGAGCAGAGGGGUCCCGGUGCCACGGCCGCUCCCCCAGCACCCCCGCACCAGCCGCAGCGUCAAGUACGGGCCAGCCCCGGACGUGUCCCAGCUGGGGACCCUGGUGCCGGCUCCUCCGGCCGUGGCCGCGCCGAUCCCCCCGAUCAAACGGCAUAAGCCCACGGUGCCGUCCCUCAGCCCCUACGCCUGCCUCCCCCCUGCCUCCACGCCUGCGCGACCUCUCAGUUCCCACAGAUCCCAGCCGGAUUCGGCAGCUGACCUGCUCUCGGCGCUGAGCCAAGAGGAGCGAGACCUCAUCGAGCCCGUUAUAGCCUUGGGCUACCCCGCUCGCAAAGCCAUCCUCACCCUCCAGAAGACUGGGAGGCAAAGCUUAAGUCAGUUCCUGAGCUACCUGGGUGCCUGUGACCGGCUGCUGAAGCAGGGCUACGAGGAAGGGCAGGUGGAGGAGGCCAUGGAAAUGUUCCAGUACUCGGAGAAAAAGGCAGCUGAAUUCUUGCAUUUGUUAGCUCAGUUUAACGAUAUGGGUUUCCAGCAAAAUGAAAUCAAAGAAGUUCUUUUGCUUUGUGGGAAUCAGAGGGAGAAGGCGCUGGAAGAGCUCGUGAUGAAAACCCAGUGACCAGCGUCCUGGACCCCAGUCGCAGCUUCCCCACUCCAGACCGGACCGCCGAAGGACUCGGGUGGGUCAGCACACGCUUGUCCUGCUGCUGCUCCAUCCUUGCCCCAAGCGACACGGCUCACCAGGCACAAACCUUCAAAGCACCGGCUUGGUGUCUCAUCCCGUGUUAUGGACGUCCAUCAUGAGCGUGUUUGUCACUGUGCUAAGGCUUUGUAGCAGGAGUGUUUAUCUCUUCGCCCACGCAUCUCCACCCUCGAUCAUCUCAGCUGUUUAGAUCAGAUGCAAUAAGAUCCAAACCGCCCUCUGCUUAGAUUUUGCAAAACCCAAACCACAGUUUUCUCCCUUCACUUGGGGUGACGGGUGUCGUAUCUUCAACUACAAUCAAAUGUGGAUUCUUAAAAGAUUAUAUAAAUCAACAGAAGGGAUUGUUUUCAUAAAGGCUGAAAGCUCCUGCAGCAACAUUUGUUGAUCCUUACUUGGGAAGAAUCUCAGCCGACUUAGUCAUGGUUGAAUAUUGUAAUCGAAAUCCAGUCCGAUCAAAUUAGCUUUUCCUUUUAAACCAGAAACUUGAGAAAAACACACAAUUCGAUGAAGGGUAAGAAAAGAAAACAGGCUGCCCUUGCUCAAGAAAUACGUGAAGUUCAUCCAGUGCAAUGAAGAAUGGCUUGUGCUCGGGGAAUUUCAUGAAAUCAGAACAGAGAAACGGGGAAUGGCUCGGCUGCCCUCGUGCUCUGCCCAAAUCAGGAAAAGUCAGGGGAUGCUUUCCUAACCUGUGGAGACAGUGGCUCCAAGUGAAGUUAAGCACGAAUGUGGGGAUCAGGAAAAUCUGGAUGCCCGGGGAGAUUUUUGUGUGUGACUGAAGGAUGGAGAAUGGGAGAUGCAGGUCACCUCACGGGAUGUGUCUCUUGGCUUGGCAGUGGAACAGCGGACAGUGUUUUCACAUAAAAGUAUAUUAUUUUCCUGUGAAUUAGAUACAGAUGUAAUUUCUUUGAGUAAAGAUGGUUGGAGGGGUUCUUCUGAAAUGUAUUUGCGUCUCUUCCUGUGAAAAUGCCAAUUGGCGCAACCUAGCAGAGAAAACCCUUAAUUAGUUGCACUAGUCCCGUUUUUCCCUUGUGUCCUUCCAAACGAUCUCCCAGCCCAACGUACCGCCAUCGAGUUAAACCACCGUGUCCCUUCUCCGUGUAUCUCUAGGUGGAAGGGUACAGCCCUCCAUGGCUGCCUUCAUCCUCCUCUGGGUGCAACGAGGAAACUUGGCAGCCAGGUUUUGGGGGA